AUGGUUAAAAAGAAAAGUGGAAGAACUCUUAAUCCGGCUGAUGCACAUCGAAAAGCGAUACGUCAGAAAGAGAUCAAGAAGAAUAAAGUUGAAAGGAAAAGAGUAAGAACUCUUGUUAUGGUGCACAAAGAUACGUCAAAACUCGAAGAAGAAAUAACACGUUAUAGAACUUUAGACAAAGAAAAAUGGCUGGAUAAAAAUGGAAAAGUCAAAUUAAAAGAGCUGGAAGAAAAAUUUUCAAAAAUAGUAGAAACUAAAAAAGCACACGGAGUUUCCGUAACUAAAGAUAAACCAAAAGAUCAUACUGCUACUGUGUUUUAUCAUCCAACCCUAAAUCCUUCUGGAUUACCACCAACGACUGAUGCUGGAAGUUAUUCUACAACAGAUGAUGAAGGAAGCCUCACUGAUAGUGAUGAAAGUACUGAUUAUUUAUCUGAUCAUGAUGAAAAUUCAGAAGAGAUUGAUAAUACAGGCCCACUAAAUAAUCAAAGACAAAAUAUGAGACUACCACCAAAUUCAUUUCUUACUGGAACCGGUCCUAAUCAUUUCGGAAGACUGCCGCCGCCACCACCACCUAUACAUGGACAAGUAUUUGCAUCGCAUUCACACAAUACACCAGUAUCAAGGCCACCACCAUUUAGUACAAAAUUUUUACAUUAUGGUCCACCACCACAACAACAAUCAAAACAAUUUUCUCAAAUAAAUUCAUCUCCUUCAUUAUCAUCUUUUAAAUCAAAUACUACAACUAAUAAUAACAAUCAUAACAAAACUAUUGCUUCAUCUUUAUCAUCAACACCAAUAACUGCAAUGUCAGUUAUUCAGGCCGAACCUCAAGUUCGUAAUUUACAAAAAGAAUUGACAACCUUAAUACCAGCCACAUUAUUACGAAAAAAGGCUGUAUCUAAUAAACCAAAGGUUAUUAGACCAUUGGUAAACACUGCACCGAAUAUUGAUGAUGGUUUAGUAACAGAAAUAACCUCUUCUUCAUCUACUUCUUCAUUUACAAUACCCACUAAAAGACCAUCAUCUCCAUCUGUAAUUGCUGUUAAUAUACCACUUUUACAAAAUCAAUCUUCAAAUGAUAAGCAACAGCAA